GAAACGGGCCUGUGAAAUCUCAAACAACACCGAAAAGUUAAGCCUUAUAUACACUGAAAUCUCUCGGCGUCAGAUUUAUCACUAUCGCCACCGUUGAGACCGCCGCUUAGGGCGUCUCCUCCGUUAUCCCCGCAACCAAACAACCCUCAUCCGCCGGAAUAUCUCACUUCCGAUUAUCCGGCAUUUGAGCCAAUGCUGUCGGCGAGAACCUUGAAAGUUGUGAUGGGGAGAGUUAAUGCAGAUGGAGUCCAUUAUCGGUCUGGAGAGGGCCCUUACGCUCUUAACAAAAUUAAAAAGGCUAUUACCAAAGAAAACCAGGAGAAGCGACAUAGGAAGGCUCUGAAAGGAAAAGCUUGGAAGAGUGUGACAUGCCCUGUCUGUCUUGAGAUCCCUCACAACUCGGUCGUCCUCCUUUGCGAAUCUUACCACAAAGGGUGCCGUCCUUACAUGUGUGCCACGGGAAACCGGUUCUCGAAUUGUCUUGAGCAGUACAAAAAAGCCUAUGCCAAGGAUGAGAAAAGCGACAAACCACCAGAGCUAUUGUGCCCGCUUUGUAGGGGUCAGGUGAAAGGCUGGACUGUUGUGACAGAUGCGAGGAAGUAUCUGAAUUCCAAGAGAAGGGCAUGUAUGAAUGACAACUGUUCGUUUUUGGGAAGCUAUAGACAGCUCAGGAAACACGUUAAGGCGGUUCACCCGAGAGCUAAACCAAGAGCCAUAGACCCUGUGCUAGAGGCAAAAUGGAAGAAGCUUGAAGUUGAGAGGGAGAGGAGUGAUGUAAUUAGCACAGUCAUGUCAUCAACACCUGGAGCUAUGGUCUUUGGAGACUAUGUGAUUGAGCCGUACAACAAUGAUUAUGAUGAUGACGACCUUGACUCGGAUGAUUCUUUGGAAGGUGGUUACUUUGAUCUGGCAUCACUUGGAGCAUUUGACAUGAGCCGUCUUCAACCGCGUUCUGCUGCAGCCAUCUCGAGCAGAGGACUUCGCAAUUUCGUCAUGAGCAGCCACAGAAUCCGUAGUAGAGGUGGGAACAGGAGGCGGCAAACGCAAGGUUGAUGAUUGAUGUUUAAAACCAGAUGAUUCUACCUUCGGACUAAGAUUAAGCUUUUGAGCUUUAUGAAGAAGCCUUGAAGGGAAGGGCAAGUGGGAACAAAACUAAGGUUUGCCUUUUUGAGUCAGCGGUUUAAGGUUUCAGAUUUGGAAGAUUUGAUAGGGUAUUCCCUUGACCUUUGAUUUUAAAGAAACGUUUCAUAUAUGCUUUUUGGUACUAUUGUUUCAUUUGAAAAUGUAUUUUCUUUAGCUCUUCGUUUUUUUUUUUCUUCAACAAUUGGAUGAAGAGAGGAAAAAUAUAGGAAGGUUAACUCACAAAAUACACACUAGUUUGAAAGAGAAAAUUUAACCAAUGUUUUGAAACCUGAC